GGCCACGCCUCCGGGGGAGGUCCCGUGGCGCGCGUGCGCAGUGGGCCUCAGAGGCGCCAUGCCGGAACCGCGCGGAUCGUCGCCUCUGCGAGUGAACAAGGCUUUUGCGGCGCGGUAUGGCCGUUACCGGGAACGCGAGGAGUUGCAGCGGCUGAAGGAUCGCUAUGGGGACCCGGACAGCGGGGGCGACUCCAGCUCCGAGUCCGACUCCAGCGACGAACGCGUGGAAUUUGACCCCCAGCAAGAGCGUGACUUUUACAGGACACUCUCCUUGUUGAAGAAGAAAGAUCCCCGUAUUUAUCAGAAAGAUGCCACCUUCUACCAGAGAACAGAGUCCUCCUCAUCGUCGGAAAGCGAGCAGGAGGCAGCAGCCUCUGGGAAGCAGAAGAAAGUGCUGCCAAUGUACUUGAAAGACUAUGAGAGAAAGGUCAUCCUGGAGAAGGGCGGCAAAUAUGUCGAUGAGGAAAACUCAGAAGGGGAGAGCUCUGAUGGGAGGCGCCAGCAAACCUGGUCGCAGACUUAUGUGGAGGAACAGAAGCAGCUCCAGGAGAGCUUCAGGCCAUUCAUGGAGGACAGUGAGGACGAGGACAGUGCCGGGGAAGGUGGCUCGGGCUUGCUGCAGAAGCGCAGGAAGACCCGGGAGGAGAAGGCCCAGGAGGAUGCCGAGUAUGUCGAGUGGCUGAAGGGACAGAAAGAGAUUGAGAACCCCGAGUCCCUGAAGGAAUUGAUGCACCUCAAGGAAUACUGGGACAACCCAGAGCUGGAUGCAGGGGAGCAGUUCCUGCGGGAUUAUAUCCUCAACAAGCGCUACAAGGAGGUGGAGGGCGAUGAGGAGGAGGAGGAAGAGGAGGGGGUCCUUGGCCCCCCAGUCCAGCUGGCCGUGGACGACUCCUCGGAUGAGGGGGAGCUGUUCCUGAAGAAGCAGGAAGCCUUUGAGCACAAGUACAACUUCCGCUUCGAGGAGCCAGACUCGGCCUCGGUGAAGACCUACCCGCGCAGCAUCGCAUCCUCCGUACGCCGCAAGGACGAGCGCAGGAAGGAGAAGAGGGAGGAGACCCGGGAGCGGAAGAAGCGGGAGAAGGCCAGGAAGCGGGAGGACCUGAAGCAGCUGAAAAACCUGAAGAGGAAGGAGAUUCUGGCCAAGCUGGAGCAGCUGAGACAGGUCACGGGCAACUCGACGCUGGGCCUGGAGGAGCAGGACCUUGAGGGCGACUUCGACCCUGCCCAGCACGAGCAGCUGAUGCAGAAAUGCUUGGGCGAUGACUUCUACGGUGCUGUGGAGGAGGAGAAGCCGCAGUUUGAGGAAGAGGAUGGCCUGGAAGAGGACUGGAACUGGGACACAUGGGCUGGGCCUGAGCGUGACGGCGUGUGGAGCCAGCAGGAGCCACACUGCGAGGACCCGGACUUCAAUAUGGACGCCGACUACGACCCCAGCCAACCCCAGAAGAAACAGUGUGAGGCCCCUGCCACAGGCAGGAAGAAGCGCAGGUCGCCCUUCGCCGCGGCUGUGGGCCAGGAAAAGCCCGUGUUCAACCCCGGGGACAAGACCUUCGAGGAGUACCUGGAUGAGUACUACCGGCUGGACUACGAGGACAUCAUCGAUGACCUGCCCUGUCGCUUCAAGUACCGCAGGGUGGUACCCUGUGACUUUGGGCUCAGCACUGAGGAGAUCCUGGCCGCUGAUGACAAGGAGCUCAACCGCUGGUGUUCCCUGAAGAAGACCUGCAUGUACAGGUCAGAGCAGGAGGAGCUGCAGGACCAGCGGGCGUACAGCCAGAAGGCCCGCAACUCCCGGAAGAAGCAGCAGAUCUUCCGGUCCCUCGGCCCAGAGGAGAUGGGGACAGCCACCGAUGCCACUGGGGAGCCGCAGAGACAUGCAGCCGGUCCACGGGAGCAGCCCCAGCCCGAGCACCCCCUGGCACAGGAGGAGGAGGCCCCCGUGGUGCCCUGCAAGACACCAGUGCCCUCAAAGCGGAGGAGAGGCAAAAAGGCACGGCUGCUGGGCCCCACGGUGACCCUCGGUGGCCGGGAGUUCAGCCGCCAGAGACUGCAGGCUUUUGGCCUCAACCCCAAGCGGCUCCACUUCCGCCAGCUGGACCGGCAACGGCGGAAACAGCAGGGACCCAAGAGCCGUCCCUGAGGGCAGGACGGCGGGGCAUGCAGGUUGCCCGUUUCCUGGCAGCAGUCACGUCCUCCUGCCACCUGUGCCCCCGGCUCUGUGGAAUCCCAGAUCAGCCUGCAGAUGAGGGGAACAGGCCUGCCCACAGCCAGUCAAGUUCAACAGCUUUAUUAGCCCCCCAGCAGGCACGGUGGCCCUGGGUAGAGGCCUGGGGACAGUGAAGGGCACGGCCGGUCCAGUGCAAACUACAGUACGCAAGUCAGGCCCUGAGUGGGUGCCCGGGGUCUCCGCUGCUCCCCGCCCUGAGAGGAGCCCUAGGAGGGCACAGCUGGCGGGUGGCAGGUGGUGGCCCCUGGCUGAGUGGCCCCAGUCCUGUGGUUUCCUAGACUGGUCUCAGCUGGGUGGUAGAGAGGUCGAGAACCAGAACCCCUAGCAUCUCUAGAGUUCUAGUCCCCCACUGAGGUGACAUAAAUAAAAAAAUAGUCUCACA